AUCACAAUGAAGCUUAACAUUGCCUAUCCAAGCACUGGUGCUCAAAAAAAGAUCAACAUUGAAGACAAGAACAAAGUUCGUUGCUUCUUUGAAAAAAGAAUCGGCCAAGAAGUCGAAGCCACCACUUUAGGUGAUGAAUUCAAAGGUUACGUUUUCAAGAUCACUGGUGGAAAUGACACUGAAGGUUUCCCAAUGAUGCAAGGUGUUGCCGUUCCACACAGAGUUCGUUUAUUAUUAGACAAAAACUCAGGUUGUUACGUUCCAAAACGUGACGGUGAAAGAAAGAGAAAAUCAGUUCGUGGUUGCAUCGUCGCUGAAGAUAUUGCCUCAUUACAACUUGUCGUCGUCAAAAAGGGUGAUAACGAAAUUCCAGGCUUAACUGAUGUUUCAAUCCCAUCAGCCAAAGGUCCAAAGAGAGCCUCAAACAUCAGAGCCCUCUUCAAAUUAUCAAAAGACGAAGAUGUUAGAAGAUACGUCAUCCGUCGUGAAUUACCAGCCACUGACAAGAGAAAAGCUAAAUCAAAGGCUCCAAAGAUCCAACGUUUAGUUACUCCAGUCACCAUUGCUCGUAGAAAGGCUCUCCGUAACAAGAAACUCGUCCGUCACGAAAAAGCUGCCAAAGAAGCCACUGAAUACGCUAAACUCGUCGCCCAAAGACAACAAGCCACCAAACAAAAAAGAUCAACCAAAGCUUCAUCAAAAAAAGUUUCAACUAAAUAAAUAAAUAGUUAAACAUCCUUUUAUAAAAAGAAAAAAAAAUAAUAUAGUAU